AUGUCAGUCCUUCGCAAACUCUCCAAGCAUGUCCACCCAAACGGUGGCACCGACAGUCCUAAGCACGCCGAUGGCCACAGCACUCCCAUGUCCUCCCAGAGCCCCGGCCCUCACCGACGCUCCCUCGCUCAGUUCCUCCACCUUGGCAACCAGUCGGACUAUACCUCAAGUGACAAUGAGUCCGAGAUGAGUGAUUUCGACAGCGAUAACAUGAGCAAGAAUGCUCAGAAGAGAGCCAUUGCGAAACAGAGAAAACACGAGCAUCGCUCGAAGCUGAGCCUUGACCAUCGAGAUGACUCCGAGGAGCGCAUCAAGAAGAGAUUGGAAGAAGCUGCCAAAACUGAGACGGAUGAAAUGAAGGCCCGUUACGGCGACAUGCCUCUGAUGCAGUCCACCAGUCGCAAUACGCACCAACGCCUCGAUAUUAGCACAAUCACAGAGGACAUGGCCGGCCAAGAAGUUGUAUUCCGUUGCAGAUUGCACCACGUCCGAAGUAUGGGCGCCAAGUUGACGUUCCUCAUCUUCAGACAGCAGAUUUCCACCAUUCAGGGCGUUCUGGUUGAGGAACCAGGCAAAGUCUCCGCCAUUAUGAUUCAUUGGGCCGAACAUCUGCGUACCGGCAACAUCUUGCUCGUCAAGGGCGUUUUGCAGAAGCCGCAGAUACCUGUCAAGUCUGCUUCUAUUCACACCGUGGAGAUCAAGGUCUCCGACUUGCACGUUGUCGUGAGACGCUCGGAGCCAGUUCCCUUCUCUGUGCAAGAGGCGGAGAUAACGAUUCUGGACGAGAACGAAAAAGUCGACGGCCGCCAGAGUCAGAUCCCAGACCGCGUAAGGCUUGCCAAUCGAAUCAUGGAUCUACGAACCGCCACCUCCCAGUCCAUCUUCCGCAUUCAAGCAGCCGUGGGGAAUCUUUUCAGGUCUGCUCUCGACGAGCAGCGCUUCGUUGAAAUCCACACGCCCAAACUCCAGGGCGCCGCGACUGAGUCCGGCGCGUCGGUCUUCAAGGUCAAUUACUUUGGUCGUUCGGCAUUCCUCGCCCAGUCUCCUCAGUUGGCAAAGCAGAUGGCCAUCGCGUCCGAUUUCGAACGAGUCUACGAAAUUGGUGCUGUCUUCCGAGCAGAAAACUCCAAUACCCAUCGCCAUUUGACCGAAUAUACAGGUCUCGACCUCGAAAUGGCCAUCGAGGAGCACUAUCAUGAAAUGAUGGAUGUCAUUGACCAUACCCUCAAGACCAUCUUCAACGGCAUUUACACCAGAUACAGGACUGAAGUCGAUCUCAUCAAGGAGCAAUUCCCUAGCGAAGAUCUCGUAUGGCUCCAGGAAACACCGCGAAUUCCCUUCAGAGACGCCGUCCAGCUUCUUACCGACUCCGGCUGGCUCAACGAAGAUGGGGAACCAGUCUCACCCCUCGAAGAUCUGGCCACUCGAGACGAGAUUCGAUUGGGCGAGCUCAUGAAGGAGAAAUACAAGACAGACUACUAUAUCCUGGACAAGUUCCCAAGGUCUGCAAGGCCUUUCUACACCAUGCCCGACGCUCAGGAUGAACGUUACACAAACUCUUUCGAUGUCUUCGUCCGUGGUCAAGAAAUCAUCUCUGGAGGUCAGCGUAUCCAUGAAUCAAAGAUGCUUGAGGACAAUAUGCGUACGGUCGGGAUCGACCCCGAUGAUAUGGCCGAGUACAUGGAGGGUUUCAAAUGGGGUGCUCCUCCGCAUGCUGGCUGUGGUGUUGGUCUGGAACGGAUUGUCAUGCUUAUCCUAAAGCUCGGUAAUAUCCGUCUAGCCUCAUUAUUCCACCGAGAUCCCAAGUCGUUCCCUGCCAAGCCAGUGGUUGAGAAACUCAGACACCCGGAAGCGGAUACCUUGAACCCUCUCUGGAAACAGGAACGUGGCCGCGAAGUGGCUGUCGAGGAUCGGAAGCUACCAGAUCUCUUCGAUCUCGUUGCCAAUUAUGGCGACGCGACUUCGACUUCGUGGGGCGACGAGCGCUACCAGAUCUGGCGUCAUGCAGAUACUGGCGCCGCAGUGUGCUAUGUUCCUGAGGGACAUUAUGCCAUUCUUCCAGGUGACCCUCUGUGCCACCCGAGUCAGUACUACAGGAUCGUUGUAUCUUUCCUCCAAUGGUUGAAGAAGGAGACCAAGUUGAAGCCUAUCUGGAUUCUGAUUAGUCCCGAGCUGGAGGAAGUCCUUGGUGAGAGGUUAGGCUGGAAGACUCUCUCUUGUGUGGCCGAGGAGCGUGUUAACCCCCACAAGAAGUCUGCCGAGUCUGACCCGGAAGUCGCGAGGAAGAUUCGGAAGGCUCAAAGUGACGGAGUCAAGAUCACUGACUUACCUCACAAUGAACCCGUCCCCGAGAGCAUCAAGGAGCGUACCAAUGCUAGAGUCAAGGAUUGGUUGGCGAAUCGCAAGGGGACGCAGAUUCACUUGUCGAACAUUGACCUUUUCCGCGAUGAGAAGCACAGACGCUAUUUCAUCGCAGAAGACAAGGACGGCAACAUCUGCGGUAUUGCAGUCAUGGCAGAGAUCGCCCCCAAAAGAGGAUGGCAAGCUAAGUACACUUUGGACUUCCCCGGAGCACCAUCAGGCACCAUUGAAUACAUCACUACGCAUGCGCUCAAUGUUGCUGGCAACGCAGGCGUGCCUAGCGUUACAUUCGGAGGUGGUGCCGCCAACCACCUGACUCCGGGCCACCACAUGAGUGGUGCCAAGGUCAAAAUGUUGCAAGCCACCUACGACGCGAUCGUCAAGCAGUUCAACUUGGCCAGGAAGUCCGAGUUCAGAGAGAAGAUGGGCGCUGUGGCAGAUCCUAUCUGGAUCGCGUAUCCUCCGCACGGGCUUGGUUCUAGAGGUAUCAAAGCGAUCAUGCGGUAA